CCGACACCAUGAGGUCUAAAAUGGCGCCGGUUUGCAGGACUCUGAGUUAUCUAGGACAAUAAACCUUUACUUUUGAUUCAAAAUGCCAUGAAAAUGCAGCAGACGUCGAUGAGUAGGAAGCUUGGGGGUUCAGGAACCUAGAGAUUGUAAAAAAGUGAUAUACUGAUUUGGAACUUAAGGAAGACAGUAGUUUAUCUGACAGUGGCCAGGCUGAUUGCAAUACAAAGAUGGAGGGCGGGGUUGCAAUGCAGCAUUCUACACCCCAACGCUUUUUCCACAUGCCCAGAUUCCAGAUUAAUUAUCAAAAGGGCAAUUAUGUUAACAAUGCUGGAGCCAACAGGCAGUUUAAUGCGCAGGGAGUUAUGAAUGCUACAACUUUUGAUGGGAAGAGACUGAGGAAAUCUGUCUACAGGAAAACAAUAGACUACAACACAUCCAUGAUACAGAUGUUAGAGAACAGAAUAUGGCAGCGUGAUCACAGGGAUAGAAGAGCUCUGCAGCCCGACUCACUAUAUCACUCAGAGCUUGUUCCACCAAUGGCUAUGCUAGACAACCCAAUGAAUGCCGUCACUACGAAACACGUGAGAACAUCCACCAACAAAUUCAAGUGCCCUGUGUUUUGUGUCUGCUGGACACCAGAAGGCAGGAGGUUGGUGACGGGAGCAUCCAGUGGGGAGUUCACUCUUUGGAGUGGACUUACUUUCAAUUUUGAAACAAUUUUACAAGCUCAUGACUCUUCAGUGCGUGCUAUGCAGUGGAGCCACAAUGACCAGUGGCUACUGACUGGUGACCACGGCGGAUAUGUGAAAUACUGGCAGUCUAAUAUGAACAAUGUGAAAAUGUAUCAGGCACACAAGGAACCCAUAAGAGGGCUAAGUUUUUGUCCAACUGACUCUAAAUACACAUCUUGUUCUGAUGAUGGAACUGUCCGAGUGUGGGAUUUUCAACAUUGCCAUGAAGAAAGAGUUUUAAGAGGCCAUGGUUCUGAUGUCAAAUGUGUGGACUGGCACCCACAAAAGGGUCUGAUAGCAUCUGGGAGCAAGGACAGCCAGCAGCCCAUUAAGCUGUGGGAUCCAAGAGCUGGGAACAGUCUGGCAACUAUUCAUGCACAUAAAAGUACUGUGAUGGAUUUGCACUGGAAUCCCAAUGGUAACUGGCUGUUGACGGCUUCCAGGGAUCAUCUGGUGAAGUUAUUUGACAUACGCAGCAUGAAAGAAGAAAUGCAGACUUUCAAAGGCCACAAGAAAGAAGCAACAACAAUAGCCUGGCACCCUAUUCACGAAGGCAUGUUUGCCAGUGGAGGAUCUGAUGGGGCUAUACUGUUCUGGCUAGUAGGGACUGACAAAGAAGUUGGAGGUAUGGACGAAGCUCAUGAUCAGAUAAUCUGGGACCUGGCCUGGCAUCCAAUGGGUCAUAUUCUGGUAUCAGGAUCCAACGAUCACAGCACUAAAUUCUGGACCAGGAAUAGGCCGGGAGACCACAUGAGGGACAAGUACAAUCUGAACACAUUGCCAGUAGGGAUGGGAGAAGAUGUUGAUUAUGACGACAUACAGUCCAUUGCCAAGAUUCCGGGCAUGGGACUAGAAUAUGGAGUUGCUGAACAUCUCAAGCCAAAACCCCCUGAGGAAGCCAUGCCCUCCAUCCCAGGAUUGGAUUGGAAGGAAGAACAGCAGAGUGCCAUCAACAGGCAUCAUGCCAUGCAACAGCAACAAAUGGCUAGUAGGAGAAAACACCCCCAGACACACGCCGUCCCUAAGAAAUUUGAGCAGGCUUGGGAGACCAAUGUGAACACCCCUGUGGUGGCAGUAUCACCUGCCCCGCCAGAGAAGGCAGCACCCACUCCCACAGAAGGACGUCCACCCAGUCUACUGGAUAUGAAUGUCCAUGGUCCUCAAAAUGGUCCCACAACGCAGGAGACACCAUCCAGGUUGGCUGGUCCUGCAGGUUUGACAUCACCCACAGGAGGGGCACUCACCCCCUCAGGCCACCCCCCAGGAGCUAUGGGAGGACCAUCCCAUGUAGGACCAAAUGGGGAACCAGGAAUGGAUAACAGGGGGUACCCCCCAGGGAAUCAUCAUCCUGGACCACGCCCUCUUGGACCACGCCUACCUGGACCCAGGGGGAGACCAGGUGAACCCAGGCCUCUUUUCCGUGGCCAAGAAGGCCCACCCCCACGACAGCUUAGACCCAGGGGAGGAGGUGGCCUGUUAGGGGAUGCCCCUCCUAGUCUCAUGGAGCCUCAGGAAGAGGAAUAUUACGGUGAAGACGACGGCAGUGGGUACAUGGAGGAGUAUGGUGGGUACGAGGAAGAACAAGGGUACGAGGAUGAGACUGCUGAAUAUUACCCGGAGGAGGAGCAGUAUGAGGAGGACUAUGAGCAGGGAUAUUAUCCGGGGCCUAGGCACUAUGAAAUGGGCCCUGGUGGUGGCAGAGGGAGGCCAGAUUAUCGAGGUCGAGGUAGGCCUUUGAGGGGCAGAGGAGGCCCCCCAGAAAGGGGCUACAGAGGCUCCCCUAAUGGCCCCCCAAGGCGUGGGAGAGGGGGAUACAUGCACCAUGAUGAGGAUGAACAGUAUGACAGGCGUGACAGGCCCCCCAGUAGAGGGGGCUACAUGUCACAACAUGGCGAUCCCAGUGAAAUGGGCGUGGGAAGGAAAAGAACCUGGGAGGAAGGCCCAGGCGAGGAAAUGGGAUCGUAUGGACCCCCCAGGGGCAGGGGUGGCAGAGGAAUGCCCCGAGGUCUUAUGGGUGGACCCCCAGGUAGAGGUGGACCCCCAGGAGGCCGAGGGGGGCCACCACCACCAGGUAGAGGGGGUCUUCCACGUGGCAGGGGUCUUCCCCCUGGGAGAGGUGGGCCGCCAGGUCGUGCAGGGCCUCCCCGAGGACAGUGGAGAGGUGGGAGAGGGUAUUGAGAGGUCAAGGAAAGGAAUUUGGUUUGUUUAAAGGUGCAUUUGACACUGAGGAGGAUCUGGUAAAUAGCUGCAGUGGUGACUGGAGAUAUGAGACAUUCAUGAAUGCUAAGACAGCGGUGAUAGGCACUUAGAGAAAUGCCUGUGGUACGUGGGAAAUAAACAGAGUUGUACAAUUCAGAGCAGAUAUGCAAUAUACAAAGAUUUUUUCAAACUUUUCUGGUUCUUCAGACAUUGAUGGACCUAAGCUUAUUGGCCAUUUAAUAAAAGUAUUGAGCUGGACUUCCGUUUUGUGUUGUGAAGUGAUGGCCAUCUUCACAGUGUUCUCCAGAAAUGUCUUUCCCCAUACUUUCUAUUUAUUUGAAUUUUCUUAUGUUAAGUUUAAGAGUUAAGACAGACUAAAACGGACCUUCACUGAGGAGUUUGUACCAUUAAGAGCCACUGUGCGAGAUCUUCAUUUUUUUCUUUGCUGUAUGUUGUUACUUGCUAAUCAAAUUUUGACACUUAUGAUUUGACUUCUUUUUCUUCAUAAGUAAAAUCUUUCUUUAAUGCAAUUGGAAGUCAACAAACAGGUGUUUACAAAUCUAAAUAUUCUAAUUAUUUACAAAUCAGUUUGAGGUAAAAGAUGGUGACUAGGAAUAUUUGUUCUAGUAAUUUCAAACUGGAAAGUCAUAUUGUAAGCCUUCAAGUCAAAGCAUAUGUAAAAUGGGGCUUAUUUAAGACUGAGGUAUCAAUGCCUAAGACUCUAUUGUGAAAUGUCAUCAUAAAAUUUAUUGUAAAGUGUAAAUGUCGAAGAAUGUUUGUACCAGAUUCACUUGAUGUAAUAUGGGGAAUAAUACUGAUGGCUGUGUAUGUAAAAUUAUGAAAAAGUUUGUAAAUAUAAUUAUGGACAUGUAUGUCACCUUACUGAAAUAUAUUUAGCUAUGCUUAUCUUUGUUCUGAGUCAUGAAAAAAAAAGGUAAAUUGCAGUGGAAGAAAGCUUGUUUUCACAUGUAAAGCUGUUUUCCAUAACAAAUAAUAUCGUAAAAUGUGAAAUUUUCAAAUAUUCAAAAAUGCAGUAAAAUCAUUAUUAUAA